CAAAAACAUAACCUCCAAAUGCGAGAGUUGAAUCAUAAACAAUUUUUAAAUUUUGCAUAAAGAUUAUCCUUAUCUAUCAUAUUUUCUGCUCGGCCAUGAGAUAAGGCGAGCUACUAAUCUCUUUUUUGUUCAACACUGUUUUCAACACGAAUGCGUCAGAUCCAAAACCUCAGUCAUAAUACCUAUUAAAUCACUAAUGAUUUAACAAAAGUACUCUUUGUGUUUUAAACAAUAUGGAUAUAAUUCAUUUAAUCGAGAGGUAGCAGUAUUAAGUGGACAACAUUGGAAAUAGAAUCAUGCCGUUUCUUAAUAGACAUCAUGGUAUGUCAUCUGUAAAAUAGUGAUACAUGUAAAUAAAUCAAAAAGUGCUUUCACAGGCUAUGAACUUAUUGAAGAAGCAAACUGUGUCCAAGAAGUUUAUUCUAAAAACAGAAAUGAAGUCGAAUUUACGAUUAUAGGGUAUCGGAGGAGUUUGAAAACGCAGUUUUAUAAUAUCUUUUGUUUUAUGCUUCUUGGUAUACCACACUUGAUUUUUGAAUCCUUCCCAAAGCUAAAGGCCCUCAGAUUUUCGAAAUGUGCUCUAGAAAUUGCAGAAAUCAUACUAGUAAUCGAUAACCAUGGACAGCCUACUUUGAUAGAAAUGGAAACACAGUCAAUAUGCUUGUUGCUUGAUUUACCUACUAAUGUUAGAUACUUCAAUUACCGACAUACAAAAUUCAUUUGGCAACCUAUUCAAAGAAGAUUUGUUACUGUUGAUGAACUUUUAAGCUCGUCAACUUUAGAUGCACUGUUGGAAAAUACAUAUGGCUUAAACGAAAGUGAAUAUAAGAUUAGAUAUGAUAUAUAUGGACCCAACAAAAUUGAAGUUGAAAUAAAAUCAUACUGGACAUUGUUGGUUGAAGAGGUGCUCAAUCUGUUUUAUGCAUUUCAAGCAUUUUCUGUGAUACUGUGGCUUGUAGAUGAAUACAUGCUUUAUGCCAUCUGUAUCAUUUUACUCACUAUAUUUUCCAGUAUUACUUCUUUGAUACAGACUCGAAAGGUAACUAUUAAGUAAUAGCUAUCUUCUUGAAGCUAAAUGUUUCAAAGAGCCACCUAUUUUUGGCACAUCAGGAGCCGUCUCAGGUGUGAGAAGUAAACAUAAAAUGUAACAUUUGCACCUUAUAAGCAUCAUCAAUAUUUUGCUGCCACAUCACCAGAAUUCUGUGGAUAUCUCAGAAACCAGUUGCGUGGCUUAAUAUAUGUUAUGGGUAGAUCAAAAUGAAAAUGUAAAAUGCAGUAUAAUUAUCAUGCAUUAAAUAUAGAUAAAAUUCGAUAUCAGGGUAUUUUUUUAACAAAUACUAACUAGCAACAUGAUACCUCCACAUAACAGAUUGUCUGCUCAUUCCUGGCUGGCUACACUCCCAACUGCUCAGCUACAGCUUGUCCGAAUAUGUUGUGUUUAUAACAGAAAACCACAAAUUGGACUAAAAUGACAUCUUGAUCAAUUUUUUUGAGAAUUUUAAGUCUUACAAAAUACAAGAAGGUAUGGUUUUAAAAUCAAAAGUUGCUUGGUGGCAAGGUAGCUCUCCCAAAGCUAAACUUUUAUAAUCAUCUCCUGAAAACCCCCUAAAUCCUUGCUCGCGAAUUGCAGAGUUGAGCGAUCAGCUUGCCAGCGCGUAGCAGAGCGAGUUUGAAUGCGGUCGGUGGCAGAGACCGUCUGUUACCGCGGAGGUGUCGCGUUCAAGCUACAAAAUGUAACUUGUGCCACUGUAAUGGCUUGGCUGUCACUCAACACCCAACUCAUCACACAGAACACUUUUUAGAAUUUCUAUUGUAUAUUUCAAAAUAUUGUUAGCAUACUAAAUUUAAGUUGAUGUGCACUUUACACAGUUUUUUAUAUUUAUUGUAUUUCCAAACAAGUGCUAAAUUUAAAUUGAAUAAUUCUCGUCCUUCUUAUGUAGCAAAGUGAAGCUCUGCAUGAUCUGGUAGAAUCCUCAAAGUGCCAUAAUGUCUCGGUUCUCAGAAAAGCUCCGAAAUCGAAGCCAGAUAUUAUCAAGAUAGAGCCUGUAGACUUAGUACCAGGUGAUCUCAUUGUUCUUCCUCCUGCCAAUUUUAUUCUGCCAUGUGAUGUUGUGCUACUUACUGGACAGUGCAUUGUUAAUGAAAGUGUACUUACAGGUGAAAGUGUACCAGUGACAAAAACUGCCUUACAUUCGGGAUCAGAACUUUAUGACCCUGAGACACAUAAGAGACAUACACUGUUUGCCGGAACACAUAUGAUACAAACAAGGUUCUAUGGUGGAGAAAAUGUUUUUGCUAGAGUGGUUAGGACUGGUUUCAGUACCACUAAAGGAUCACUUGUUAAAAGUAUCCUGUUCCCUACGCCAGUUGGUUUAAAAUUUUAUAAAGACAGUCUUAAGUUUGUCUUUUUCCUUUUCACAGUAGCUGUCACAGGCAUGGCCUAUUGCUUGUAUUUAUAUAUUUCAAGAAAUGCAGACUUAAAAGACAUAAUAGUGAGAACCUUAGACAUAGUAACAAUUGUUGUGCCACCUGCUCUGCCAGCAGCAAUGACAGUAGGAAUAUUAUACAGUCAAGAACGUCUCAAAAAAAUCGGCAUAUUUUGUAUCAGUCCACCGAGAAUCAAUGUUUGUGGUCGAGUCAAAAUCGCGUGCUUUGAUAAGACGGGUACAUUGACAGAUGACGGUUUGGAUAUGAGCUACGUGAUACCAUCCAAAGACCAACAGUUCUUGGAUCCUGUUACUGAUGUUUCCACAUUAGAUUCCAACAGUGAGUUUGUACAAGCAAUGGCAACUUGUCAUUCGUUAACUACAGUUGAUGAUGUGCUGUGUGGAGAUCCUCUUGAUAUGAGUGUGUUUGACUUUACACAGUGGGAAAUGGAAGAGCCUGGUGCUAACGAAAACGCAAGAUAUGACAUGUUGGCUCCAACUGUAGUAAAACCUCCAAAGCACUCGAUCGAGAAGAUAACUGAACCUGAAAAUUUUGAGGUGCCGUUUGAAAUAGGAAUACUCCGCCAAUUUCCAUUUUCUUCCACUCUACAGUGUAUGUCGGUAAUAGCAAAGUCCCUUCAAAAGCACCAUAUGGUGGCGUAUACUAAAGGAGCACCAGAGAAAAUAAGAGGCAUGUGCAAACCCGAAACGUUACCUCACGAUUAUGACGUAAAACUAGCUGAAUUCACUGCCAGAGGUUAUAGGGUCAUUGCAGUUGCUUAUAAAAAUUUAUCUGGGAAGUUUUCUUGGAAGGAUGCUCAGAAAGUCAAAAGAGAUGUUAUAGAGCAAGAUCUUAACUUCCUUGGACUUUUGAUCAUGCAGAAUCCCCUGAAAGUUGAAACAGCUCCAGUGAUAUCGACCCUGCGGUCAGCCAACAUUAGGACAGUUAUGAUCACAGGCGACAAUAUAUUGACAGCAAUAUCUGUAGCAUACGACUGUGGAAUGUUGAGAAGUCACGAUGAUGUAUUUGUACUGACAGCAUCCAAUGACGAGGUUGAUACAAGGUUUAUGUUGGAGAGAACAGGCUUGAAUAGAUCUACCGACAAUGUUGUAAUAAAUUUUGAUUCUAGUCAUCAUCACAUAGCAGUUGACGGUAGGACAUGGAGUAAAUUGAAAUACUGCUAUCCAGAGGCGGUACCUGAUCUUUUGGUGAAAACCACCAUAUUUGCGAGAUUUCAACCUGACCAAAAGGCUGAAGUAGUGACUCACUUACAAGAGCUUGAUUAUAUCGUUUCCAUGGUUGGAGACGGCGCAAACGACUGUGGGGCUUUGAAAGCAGCUCAUGUAGGGGUGUCCUUAUCACCAGCUGAAGCCAGUGUUGCAGCACCUUUUACUUCAAAAAUACAAAAUAUAUCUUGUAUAGUCAAUUUGUUGCUAGAGGGCAGAUGUGCGUUGGUUACCAGUUUUGCUAUAUUUAAGUAUAUGGCUUUGUACAGCUUGAUACAGUUCUUCACCAUCCUCAUUUUAUACCGACAACAUUCAUUACUGGGGGACUACCAAUUUUUAUUUAUAGACUUGAUUAUAACUACUAGCUUAGCCGUAACCAUAGGUAGACAAGGUCCACCUGAAAAACUGUGUCCACAACGACCUCCAAGUUCCUUAGUUGCUGCUAAAAACGUAAUUCCGUUGCUACUUCAGAUAACGGCGUGUGCCUUAUUUCAAUUGGGUGCUAUGUACAUGCUUUUCCAACAAUCAUGGUUUCAGCCCAUUCCAGAUGAUGUGACUGAACCCCAAAUAGUAUCUUGGGAGAAUUUGGUGUUGUUCACUGUCUCCUGUUACCAAUACAUCAUUCUAGCUUCUGUGUAUUCUAAGGGGAUGCCUUAUAGGGAGAGGUUGAGAACCAAUUACUUGUUUGUGCUAUCGGCCGUAAGUUUAACAGUAUUUGUUACGUGGCUACUGAUAUACCCAUGCAAAAAGAUGGCUGAAUUGAUGGAACUGAUCGCCACUACUCCUGAUGAAGAAGAGAAGUUCAUGUUUAGAGUUCAUUUGCUGAUUUUUCCGACUUUGCAUUUAUUAAUUGCUGUUUCUAUUGAGGCUUUCAUUAGCGAUCAGCAGUGGUUGAAAAGAUGCAUCCAGUGCCUUAAACGUAAGAGUAAACCAAAAAAUAAGUACAAACGUUUACUCCAGCAGAGAAAUACUUUUCCGUGGCUCAAUACAAUUAGUACCUAAGUGUUGAAUAUUUACAUAUUUUUGAUACUAUAAAUAUGACAAUACAUAUAAAAUAUACAAUAAUUUAAUGUACAUGCUUUGUGCAUCAAUUUUGCUAUGUUAUGCUUUUAUAAAUCCGUUUUUGUAUACACGUAUUCUGGUAAAAUUAUAUGUAUGUUACCAA